AUGUAUGGCCUUGGUCUUGACAAUGAGCCCAACGGCCAACAGCGGAGUGACCCCACGGAGAAGAUCAAGUGGAUCCACUACUGCGAGACCAGGGGCCAGAAAAGGCACGACCCAAACAUGCACGAGGCGCAGUUCCUUGCGGAGUUCUUCAAGGUCUCCCGUGGCGCGCAGCUGUCCAAGGACGUCACCGACAAGAUCACGAUGGUGCAAAGGGUGAAGGAUCUUCAGCGGCGGAACCCCGACGGCAAGCAGAAAUGGAUCGACUGGUGCGACGCGCGUGGGUUCGGCAAGCACGAUCCCAACGUGUACGAUGCCGCGACCAUCCAGCAAUUCUUCGACGACUACGAGCGGAACGAGCUCGGCUUGGCUGGGGCAAGCGCGCCACAGCCGAUGCAGAGCAUGGACGGGUGGAACGCUUACCUCAUGAACCAGGCGCAGCAGGCGCAGCAGCAGGCGCAGCAGGAGGCGUCCGAGACGCCCCAGUACCUGCUGGACCAGGCCAACGCGCAGCUGAUGCAGAUGGGCGGGAUGGACGCUGGGGCGCUCUCCAUGAUGUCGCAGGAGCAGCAGUCCCUCCAGCCGACGAUCCCCGGUCUCGGCGCCGGAGGGCUGGCGGCGGCGCAGUGGCAACCUCAGGCGAGUGGCUUCGGCGCGCCCUUGGCGCCCACGGCGCAGGUGCCCGGGCUGGACCCGGCGGUGGCGGCGGCGCUGCACAGCCUGGGUCUGCCGCCGCAGUUGCCGCCGAGCGCCUCGCUGGGCCCGCAGGUUUAGGGGAGCAGCAGACCACGCCUGAGCUGGCUAGGCCGCGGCCUCCGCCGCGCCGAUGGCGCAGACUGCGCGGGCCGGUAACCUCCGGCGGCGGCGGCGGCGCGCGGCCGUCCGACACCUCCGCCCCCA